AUGAUCCGUACCACAACAGCAGCUCGACCAUUUUCUCGAGGACUCGCAAAUGUAAUUUCUGCGGGGGCUGGCUAUGGCCCAGCUAUUCGCAAAGCCAGUGUCACAUCACAGCUCCACUCUCUGGCAGCGAAAAGGCCGCAGGUCGCCGUGCCGCAAUUUCGGCCCGUCCUUAUCCCCCAGUUGCGAUAUGCAACGAAGACGGGAGUUCCGAAACAUGAUAAAAUUGACGUGGCGGCCGAGAGGAAAUUAGGAUCGAAGCAGCUUGAAAGUCAUCCAGAGGCUGUAACGAGCGAUUCAAGCGUCCGCCAGGUCUUUGAAUCCAGCCAAGCUCCGAUUGACGAAGAGGACAAUGAAGUGCUCAGGGGGGUUAAACAGGAUCUUAAUACGAUUAAGGACUCCUUCGCUCUCCGUGAGGUGCCUCGAGAAUCUUACUACCUAGGGGCUGCUGGAACACUGCCAUAUAUGGCUACGUCUCUGGCUACAUUAUAUCUGAGCUAUGGCAUCAACCAUGCGCCCAAGACUGGGUCGAGCUUGUUUUUCCCACUCGAAACGGCCCAAUACUACUUGUCGGUUUUGGAGCCAAUCCAGAUAGGCUAUGGUGCUGUGAUCCUCUCCUUCCUCGGUGCAAUCCACUGGGGCCUCGAGUACGCCCAGUACGGUGGACACCAAGGAGGCUACCGCCGCUUCGCCAUCGGCUGCGCCAUGCCCGCCAUAGCCUGGCCAACCAUGCUGAUGCCACUCGAGCCAGCUCUAAUAACGCAAUUCCUCGCCUUCACCGGGCUCUACUUCGUCGAUUCCCAGCAAGGCGUCCGCGGUUUCGCCCCGUCAUGGUACCCAACGUACCGCUUCGUGCUUACAUUCAUUGUGGGCAUCAGCAUCGUUGUUAGCUUGAUUGGGCGCGGGCAGGUGCAGUUCGUGGGAUCGGGGCAGCCGACUCGUGCUGAGAAGUUGAGGGAGCUGAGUGAGAUGCAGCCGGAGGCGAGGAGGGAGGAGGAGGAGGUUAAGAGCCAGAGGAAGGCUGCUGAGGCUGCUGAGGAAGAGAAGAAUUAUGAGAGCAAGGCCGAAGAUAAGAGCGAGCAGACUGAGAAGGAAAACAAGGAGAAGAGGUAA